AUGUCGGACAGCGCCCUUCAAGGCAUCAUGGCGAACCCGGCUCCUAUCGUCAGCUCUUUGAGCGCAGACUCUCUCGAGCAGCUUGGUAAGGUGGUAGCGUUGAAAGCAACACCCGAAAUGCCGUAUUGGUUCCCAGUCGGGUGAGUAGGAAAAGUCUCCUCACGUCCAAUACCGCGAGUCUUACCAAACUUUCGCUGUUCCUCAGGCUUUUCGCCUUGCUGGUGACCCUCUACGUCAUCGGCCAGCUCCUUCAAAACCGCAUCUUAGCUUGGCUCAUCGGCGCGCAGAAGUGGCGUGCGAUGAAGGCUGAGCACAGAAGAACGAUGGUGAUAUACGUCCUGCAAACCCUCAUCACCACAAUCGUCCUCAUCAUGCAAUGCUUCUGCUUGCCGCUCCUCGGAUUGGCAUUCACCGAACGACGCACGGAGCUCAUGCGCGCUUGCGCGACGCUCAUCGGCGGGCUGUACGUGUUCGAGCUCAUCUGGAGAUCCACCAUGCGUCCUACCAUGAUCGCCCACCACAUCAUCACCCUCUUCGUCAUGAGUCUCGCCAUCGUCCUACUUUCAAAGCUAAGCGACCCAUCCUUCGUCCUCACUGGUCUACUGUGGCUUUUCCAGGCGACGACGGAGCAAACCACUUUCGUCGCCCUCUUCAUGUACCGUCUGCAAGUCUCCCCCCGGAUUCUGCGCCCAAUGUUCCGUGUUGCUUCGGUGCAAUCCCUCGUUUUCAAGAUGGCCUCCAUCGCUGGAACCAUCUUCGUGUGGGUCAAGUGGCAGCUGCACGGCAAUGGUGACCUCUACACUGCCUACUCCGUCAUCUUUUGGAUCGCCACCAUCGGUCUCGCCGUCACCCAGAUCUGGGGCUCUUGGGUUGUCUGGAUCAUGGGCGACACGCUGGAGAAGCGGUAUACCAAGAACUCGCACAAGAGCGCGAGAAGCACUCUCACCUCGGCUAACGCCUCUCAGGUCGACCUCGAGGCGCAGCUCUCGGAAACUGGUAGAAGUACUCCUACCAAUGCAGCGACCGAGGAUGGCAAGUACACGCCGGUUCUUGAGAAGAGGACGAGCAGCCUUGGCAGACUUCCCACUUUGGACCUGCAGCUAGCUGAGUGCCUCGACACCCAAGCUCGACAAAGCAAAUCUGCGUAG